AUGUGGAAGCCCAGUCUCAAUUUCAUAAACCUUCAUUACGCAUGGAUACUAUUUUGUAGCCUGAUUUCUUUUGUCGUCCUAUAUCCGUACGGCAAUUUGAACGCCGUCGAUGUUUUCUUCUUCGGCUGCAGCAGUUCGACUGAGUCCGGUCUUAACACUGUCGAUGUCAAGGACAUGAAAACCUACCAACAGGUUUACAUCUACGUUAUCCCGAUCAUUACGAAUCUCAUGUUUGUCAACAUCGCGGUCGUUGUUGUUCGCCUUUACUGGUUUCAACAACGUCUGAGAAGCAUCGCCACCAACGAACGAGCAGAACCCGAUGAUCUGGAGGCCAACCGUCAACUAGAGAACGACAAUGACAGAGGCACACGAACUGAAAAGUCCCCCCAGACAGAACCCAUCCGCGCUACUGAGACAGAUGCGGAACAGACGUUAGAUAAGGCUGCGAUUCCAAGCCCUCCAGCCAGGUCAACCACUAUCACUUUCGACGAGAGCCUCUCUCAAACUCGACAAAAGCAUGUUGAUGAAACAGUGUUGUACGUCCCUGGCCCCAGAGACCGUGACGGUGGCCAGCCAAUGAUUGAAAUGGGCAAAGAUUGGGAUAAGGACGACGAUGCUAUCCGUCCAGUUGCAUCGUCAGCCACGGGCUUGUCUCGCCGAAGGCCGCAUAACCCCGAGGGUCCGGCUAUGCGCGCCGCCCGUUCCAUGGAGAAGGUUGCCUCGUCCGUCCUCGUCCUUGGGCGUACCAAGUCUUCGGAACGCGAGUCUCGUCGUUCUGACGCGUCAGCUCACCCACGCCCGUCAGAUCUUCCCAACUUAUCCCGCCAAGUCACCAUUGGACGCAACUCCCAGUUCUUUCAUCUGACCGAGCGUGAUCGUGAGCUCCUCGGCGGUAUCGAGUACAGAAGUUUGAAGCUUCUCCUCAAAAUCAUUUCCAGUUACUGUUUCGGACUCCAUCUCCUCGGAGUUAUCUGUCUUUUGCCUUGGAUUUUGCACGCUCCUUCCAAGUACAAAUCAUGGUUAGCGGAGAACGGCCAAGGCCAGACUUGGUGGGCUUUCUAUUCUGCCCAGACAAUGGUCAACAACCUGGGCUUUACGCUCACCCCUGACUCAAUGGCCACGUUCAAGGACGCAACCUGGCCGAUGCUCGUCAUGACAUUUCUUGCUUUUGCUGGAAACACUUGCUACCCUAUCCUUCUCCGAUUGGUCAUUUGGACCAUGUCGAAGAUGGUAAGCAAGAAGUCGGCCACGAAGGAACACCUCCAGUUUCUUCUUGACCAUCCUCGAAGAUGCUAUACACUUCUCUUUCCCAGCAAGCCGACGUGGAUCUUGUUCGGCAUACUCUUCGUGAUGAACUUUGUCGACGUCCUGUUGAUUAUUGUUCUGGACCUAGACAACCCUGCAGUCAACGACCUCGCGAUGGGCCCUCGUAUCCUAUCGGCUCUCUUCCAAGCUGCGUCAGCCAGGCACACCGGCACCGCGACUUUGAAUCUUUCCCUGGUUAACCCUGCCGUGCAGUUUAGUUUGUUGUGUAUGAUGUACAUCGCCAUCUUCCCAAUAGCUAUUAGCAUCCGUGCUUCCAACACAUACGAAGAGAGGGCCCUUGGCGUCUAUGGUGCCGACAGUCACCUUGACGAGACUGACGGCGCUUCGUACGUCACGACCCACGUACGGAAUCAGCUCAGCUUUGACUUAUGGUACAUCUUUCUCGGGACGUUCUGCAUCUGUGUUGCAGAAUCCAAGAGAAUCAUGGACCUGAAUGAACCAGUGAGCCUUCUCAGUGUUUCCAGUCUUCUUCGAGGUCGUCAGCGCAUAGCAAGUAACCCACUCCUUUAUUCUUUGAUCUGUAUCGCUCACUUAACUCGUAGUGGCAACGUGGGGUUGUCCUUGGGACAUCCCUCUGUUAUGACAUCGCUCAGCGGAGAGUUCACGACGUUCAGUAAGCUCGUUAUUUGCGCCAUGAUGAUUCGUGGUCGUCACCGCGGACUGCCAUAUGCACUUGACCGAGCCAUCAUGCUGCCAAAUGAGGGCCAGCCUCGCUCUGAGGCGUUGCAACAUAAUGGCGACAAGAGGAUGCUCACGGAAGAACUCCCUCGGGACUUUUCUCGCGCCAAAACCGUCGGCGGUGCAUGA